AUGCCUGAGUCAGCUAGGGGUAGUGACUAUCGUAAAGUAACAGUAAUAGUGGAAGAGAAGUUUGGCAGUUCAGAGCUUCGGCAGGUGGUUGUCCCUUCGGAAGAGCAUCUCCCUUUGGCAGGGAGGAAGACAUGUCUACCUUGGUGUUCAUCAUGCCUUCCGAAGGGAAGGUGUGACGUCACCGCAAGUGGUCCUCCCAAGCUUCGGAAGGGAGCCUUCCGAAGGGAAGGUGUGACGUCAGCACGAGGUCUCCUUCCAAGCUUCGGAAGGGAGCCUUCCGAAGGGAAGGGAAGGUGUGACGUCACCGCAUGUCGCGAAGGGUCCUUCCAAGCUUCGGAAGGGAGCCUUUCGAAGGGAAGGUGUGACGUCAUCACAAGGGAUCCUUCCAAGCUUUGGAAGGGAGCCUUCCGAAGGGAAGGUGUGACGUCAUCAUGCCUUCCAAAGGGAAGGUAUGACGUCACCGUGAGGGAUCCUUCCAAGCUUCGGAAGGGAGCCUUCCGAAGGGAAGGUGUGACAUCAUCGCUUGUCGCGAGGGGUCCUUCCAAGCUUCGAAAGGGAGCCUUCCGAAAGGAAGGUGUGACGUCAUCGCGAGGGAUCCUUCCAAGCUUCGGAAGGGAGCCUUCCGAAGGGAAGGUGUGA